AUGAGUAACCUAAUACCAGACAUUCUCCACCAAAUCUUUGAAAACAUAAUCGGUACAUAUUCUUUCACUUUCGGUCGUCCAAAAUACAAGCUUUUGUAUCCGUGUAUUCUCGUGAACAGAACCUGGUGUCAGACAGCCAUUCCAAUUCUCUAUCGAGAACCGUUUAUCCGUAGAAAUAAAAACGGUUAUAAAUUAAUAUCGACAUUUUUGAAGCUUAUAAAUGAUGAAAAACGAGCGUUACUUUAUGAGAAUGAUCAGCGCGAUGUUAUAUUUGAUGGGAUUAUGCAAUGCCAAAGACCAUUAUUUGAUUAUUCGAGUUAUAUGUAUAAUUUACAUUAUGAUGCAAUGCUGAAAAAUAUUGAUGAAUGGUGUCAAUUAAAAGCUUCGUCAACCACAAAAACGCUUAAUUCUGAAAAACAACGAAAGAUGAUAAGUUCGACCAAAAAUAUUUUUUCGCAUCUCUUUCAAAAACAGUCGAAAUCUAAAUCAGAGUCAAUAGAAAAUAUGGGUGCUGAUAAAGAUUCUCAUGGCCUGCAAUGUGCAAUCGUGGAUGCAUUGUUAACGUUGUUUAUAGAGCAUUUUGUCAGAUUAUCGAAACUUCGUGUCAAUUUUUAUGACCAAGAGAAUUACGUGAAAAAUAUGCUGUUGGUGCAAAAUAUAAAGUUACUAUCUAUGAUUAAAGAAAUUUAUUUAACUGUCGGAUUACAUAAUAACAAGUUUUUUAUCAGUCUGGCAGAGUGCUGUCAAACUUUGGAACUCAUUUUAAUAGAAUUUGGAACAACAGACAUAACAGGCGAGAGCAUCUCUACAUUAAUUCAAGCACAGAAAAAACUCUGCUCAAUAACCACAAUCGGGAUGACGAAUCCAUGCAGUAACCAAUUGAUAUCGUCGCUCGCCUCGCAGUCGUCUUCACUAAAACGUGCCGAAUUUAUAGGGGCAGAUUUCUCGAAGUCUACACCAUGGCAUGGUCUCGCUUCAUGCACAAAAUUGAAUACGCUGACAAUUUCGCAUUGUCAGAAUAUUGAUGAUGAAAUGGCCCAGCCGUUGUUUGAUGCGAAAUUUGAGUGUUUGAGUGAUGUUACGAUCACUAGUGAUUCGUGUGUGAAAUUGAGUGAAUGGGUUCAGAAAUUCAAUAGUAGUCCAAGUCAGAGUUAUUAA